GUUGAGGCCACACUGUCCCGCCCCCUCCACAUUGAAUGAAAGUGCAUUAGUUCAUCAGGCGAACGAAAGUCAAAACUAUCUGCACUCUGAACUUAUGUUAAAGUCUAAUUCACAGGUAUUAAUUUAUCUGCCUGGAUUACAUUACACACGGUGAACAGAUAAAGUGAAGAUAUCCGUGGAAACGGAAGACCGGGCUGUCGGAGCGGACUGUGUGCGGGGCGAUGCAGCGGGUGGCCGGGCUGCUGGCGGCGGUGCUGUGGCUGCUGGGGCAGCGGUGCUCGGCGGACGGCGGGGCCCCCAGCCUCGCUGAACGGGUCAUCUGGGCUGUAAAUGCUGGAGGUGAAGCCCAUGUCGACGUGCACGGGAUUCAUUUCAAGAAAGACCCCCUGGAAGGGAAAGUCGGCAAAGCUUCUGAUUACGGGGUGCGCCUGCCAAUCCUGCGCUCCACUCCAGAAGACCAGAUUCUGUACCAAACGGAGCGCUACAAUGAGGACACAUUUGGAUAUGACGUUCCCAUUCGUGAGGAAGGAGACUAUAUUCUAGUUAUGAAGUAUGCAGAGGUUUACUUUGCCCAGUCACAACAAAAGGUUUUUGACAUCCGUCUAAAUGGCCACGUGGUGGUGAAGGACCUGGAUAUAUUUGACCGUGUGGGUCACAGCACAGCGCAUGAUGAGAUAGUACCCUUCACUAUUCGGAGGGGCAAGCUGAGUGUGCAGGGGGAAGUGUCCACUUUCAACGGCAAGCUCAGCAUCGAGUUUGUGAAGGGUUACUAUGACAACCCAAAGAUCUGCGCUCUUUAUGUCAUGAAGGGGACUUUAGAGGAUGUACCAAAACUUCAGCCUCACCCUGGUCUGGAGAAGCCUGAAGGAGAAGACUAUGAUGAUGAAGAUGAAAGUGAAGGAGGUGAGGAAGGUGGUAAGAAGAUCUCACCAGGUUCCAAGCCCAGGGUUCAGUCUGGUCCCCGAACACCAAAUCCGUAUGCAGCCGACAACAGCAGUUUAAUGUUUCCCAUCCUGGUGGCAUUCGGGGUGUUCAUUCCCACGCUGUUCUGCCUCUGUCGACUCUGAGUGAAACUGAACUAUUGGUCGAGGAGAAGUCAGGAGGCCAAGAGGAACCAGGGACUACGAGGAGGGCAGGAGGAGGAGGGAGGGGUCAGAGUGAUAGCAACAGUGCAGGAGAGAGUGAGAAAAAUCAUCCUGGCGGAGGACAAAGAGAUGGCAGCGUCUCAGAAAGCUACUGUGCCAGGAAGCACGCUGUGUGGUCGACGACAUCAAAGGCUGUGUAGAAAGUGUGUGCUGUGUGCGUCUUGGUUGUUUUGCAUCCACUUAUUUGAAUGGUUUUAACUAUUUUCACACAGGUCGCCACACCGGUCAUCACGGUUUGAGCAGCUGAAGGACGUGCAGGAGAACUUUGGGCCUAUUUUCUAAAUGAGAAGUUUUGUACUGAGUGUAGCAAGGAAGCACAUUUAGUUUCACACUCCUGCUGAGUCUGCUCAGAAGUGAUACCUUAAAAUGGGUGAAUUUGAUGGAAUUUGGUGCAUCAGAUAUAAACGGUUAUUGGAGGUGCGGCCUGCUAUUUAAGAGGGUCCCGUUUUUUGUUUUUUCUCAGCUUGCAGUUUUGUUUUUCCACCCACUUGUACUUCAGCACGUUGUCAUUUGUCAGACGUGUCGCCAAAAGGAGAAACAGUUGAAGCAGCUGCUGGCCUCACUUCCUGUCUAAACCAGCUUGCCUUCCUGAAUCACUUCGGUAGAUAAUGUAGUUCAGCCCCAUAACAAGCGUCUAGUCAACAGCAGUCACAAGUCAGGAUUGUGUUUUCUGUAGCCUGAGAGAAGGCGGAAGCGUGCUUCACUGUGGACCACCUGUGGGCUUACAGAAGCCUCCGUGUGUUUUCUUCUUUCUACGGCCAGCAACCGAUCGAUCAAUUCCUUGUCCUCAUGCAAGCAUCAGAUCCUGUGGUUUCUUCAUUGUAGUGAAGCUUUUUUGUCUUCUGCACAUCCCUGGAAAAAAUAAUGUGAAUAACUUUCAAAAGGCUCGUAGAAGGAAGAAACACACAUGCAUGGUGUACUGAUACCGUGGUGUCGGAACACGAGACCACGGCAUUGAGGUUUUUGGCACGUUAACAGGUGGUCAGGUGACGCUGUAGUUUUUCUCCCCACAGGUGAGAUGCUGAAGCUGAAUCGACGUCUUCAGCUCACUGUUUGUUCGACCUUUCCUUAAUUAUGCAUCUUUGGCCAUUUGGUUCCUCCAAAGAUUUUUUUUUUUUUUUUAAUUGGGCAAAUCUUCUUGAAUUGGACAUUGUGAUGCAGUUGUGGGAAAAAUGGGAAUAUUUUAUUGAUUUUGUUUUUGAGGAUGAAAAUAUUUGGCACUUUUCACAUUAGUGACAAAUUGUGAUGUUUGUAGUUGUUUCUUUAACUUCAGGACAUUAGUUAAAAUUGUGAUUUCAAGCUGAAUAUCGGUGAUGAGUCUUGAGCUUUAGUUACCAUAUUUUCCAGAGUAUAAGUUAAAAUCUGU